AUGACUGUGCCACUCGCAUUCAGCUUCGAUAACACUGCCGAUUAUUUCAUCUUCGCGUUUCACUUCCUGCUGGCCACCUCCACUGUUACUGUCGCCGGGUCGGUGGUCUUCGCGAUUCUUCGCACCAAGUCUUUGCGUAAUGAAAACCGCUAUAUCUUCAUGUUGAGCACCAGCAUUAGCGACACUCUGUCCGGUGUGGGCUGGUACUAUAUCGGGCUUUUCGACGUCAAAGACACGUACCCUCAAAAGAACGGGACUUACUUUGUUAUACCUACCUUACUGGGAGUGAACUUCAUCACAAUUCUAACUGCACAGAUAGAUCGCUAUGUCGCAGUGUCACGACCCUUCUUCUACGCUAGACGAAUCACACGAAGAGUUGUUAUUGGACUCUGUACGUUUAUAUGGAUGUACACUUAUUUAACAGUGUUGCUUAUUAAUCUGGUGCCGUUGCAGGUAGCUAUAAUUUAUCAAGCAAUAAACUCUUUCGGGGUUCAGGUAGUUGCAGUAAUUCUGAUGAUAUUACUGAACAUUAAACUGUACGUGAUAGCCCGAUAUCAGCUGGCGAGAGAGCCACCGAGUCAGGGGACUGACAGUAAGCGGUCCUCUUUGCGACUCAUUAUUGCAGUCGCCAUGUGUUUCUUAAUAUUCUGGACGCCGGAAUUCAUCAAUAUUAUACUCUGUGGCUUGACUUCAUAUGGGUAUACGUUUAAAAACGACGCGCUCGAUCCUUUCGUUGCGAUGGUUCGAAUCAACCCUCUUUGUACACCCACGUUAUACAUCAUAGGAAGCCUGGCUCUGCGGGAGGCCAUUGCGAAAGCGCUGCGCUGGAAUGACUGCAGCAGGACUAGAAGGUAA